GAAAUGUUCAUUCCGGGUUCGUUUCAGAGAGUCUGAUAAAGAAACGCGAUGUUGUGAAUCAGAUCAAAACGUCGAAGGUACUCAGUCUUAAAAGAGAAAAAAUGUCUAGCAGUGAUGAUAGAUGUGUCGAACGUGAGGUCUCUUCAAAACAUUGUCAAAACAUCCCUCAUCUGGAGGAACAAACGUCAGCAUCUUCUUGUGAGAAGCCUUUCCAAUGUGGGAUGUGCUUAAAGUGCUUCUCUUACAAGUGGCGGAUUAAGCAGCAUAUGAGGAUCCACAUUGGUGAACGACCAUAUCAGUGUGAGGUGUGCAGAAAGUGUUUUCUUGAGAAAAGAUACUUGAAACAGCAUAUAUUAAUUCACAAUGGAGAUAAGAAUUUCAAAUGUGAUGUUUGUUCAAAAUCAUUCUUACUAAAUCAAGUCUUGAAACAACACAUGUUGAUUCACACAGGUAUUAAGAAUUUUAAAUGUGAGGUAUGUGCAAAAUGUUUCUUACAAAAUAGCGACUUGGAACGACACAUGUUGGUUCACACUGGCGUUAAGAAUUUCAAAUGUGACGUAUGUGCAAAAUGUUUCUCACAAAAUGCUGGCUUGAAACGACAUAUGUUGGCUCACACUGGUGUUAAGAAUUUCAAAUGUGAGGUAUGUGCAAAAUGUUUUUCAGAAAAUAAUAGCUUGAAGCAACAUAUGUUCGUUCACACAGGUGUUAAGAGUUUCAAAUGUGAGGUAUGUGCAAAGUGUUUCUCACGAAAUACCAACUUGAAACAACAUAUGUUGGUUCACACUGGUGUUAAGAAUUUCAAAUGUGAAGUAUGUGCAAAACGUUUGUCAAGCAAUGGCAGAUUGAAACAACAUAUGAACAUCCACACUGGUGUUCAGAAUUUUAAGUGUGAUGUAUGUGCAAAAACGUUCCCAAGCAAUUACAGCUUGAAACGACAUAUGUUGAUUAACACAGGUCUUAAGAAUUUCAAAUGCGAUGUAUGUGCAAAAUGUUUCACACAAAAUACCCACCUGAAACAUCAUAUGAACACCCACACUGGUGAUAAGAAUUUCAAAUGUGAGAUAUGUGCAAAAUGUUUCUCAUACAAUAGCAGCUUGAAACACCAUGGUUGUUCACAGAAGUAAUAAACCUUUCAGGUGUGACGCGUGCACAGAAUGUUUCUCUCACGGUUAUCAGCUGAAAAGCCAUUUGUUAUUCAUAGAAAUUAGAAACGUUUAACACGUUGAAAAUGCACAGACUGGUUUAACAUAAAUAGAGAAUAUUAUAUGAGUGUCCAUGACAGACGAUGUUUACGACACGAGUGCCUAA